AUGGCGGCGGAAUCUUCUAAUCUCCUGUUGAUAGCCAGAGAACUUCUGGCGAAUCCAAGCCACGAAGGAUUACAGAUCCUUCUCAACCAUCUCGGAUCGGGUCAAGAAUCCGCCGAAUUUCAACCGGCGCUUGCUCUCUUCAACUACUGCGCCACCAAUUUCGCAAACCUCUUAACCUUAAAGCUUCUCAAGGUGUACCAAUGUUCCUCCUCCGUCGUCGUCAGAGUCCAAUCGAUCUACCUCCUCGCCGAAACCCUCGCCGAAUUCCGAAACCUCCGAUUCGAACUCUCCCUCGUCGCUCUCCACGAGAUCAAGCCCGUUCUGAUCUCAUGCCUCGAGAUGGACGAAACCGAGGAAACCGAAAUCAGAAUCCUCAGUCGAAUCGUCUCUUUCGUAGCGUACGAUGUCCUGAGUUUAGAUAACAACGGAUGGGACGAGCUCAGCGAUUGCAUCCUCUCUCUCGCAAACACCGAUCCUCCAAAAGCUUUUCACGUCUUCAUCGAUUUGCCACCACUCUACGGUAAAUUCAUCUACAGAUUUAUGCAGCAGAUCUUAGAGAAGGCAGAGAAAUUGUUGCUUAAUCCUGAGGAAGAUAGGGUAGAAGAUUGGAGUUUGGCUUUAGAAACUGCUGUGAAAAUGGGGAUUCAGCUUUUGGAUUCUGAGCUGAGACUCGGUUUGGUUAAGAAACUUCUCUCGGUUCUUGAGAAAUCAGCGAGAGAACUAGUGGAGAAGGGAAUGGAGCAGUUUCUGCUAAGAGGUCUUGAGAAUCUCGAGAGGUUCUUGUCAAGAGACAAGAACUUGUACAAUUACAAUGAGCUUCAAUGCAAUUUCGUCUCCAGCUUCAUGUUCAAGAUCAGAGAACUCGGAGCACACACUAAGGAAGCUACGAAGAAGAUCCAUCGUUUGAUUAAGCCUAGCAACGAUCCACAACAAGAACAACCACAAGAAGAGGAGGAUCGUUUGAAAACGUUAUCACCACUUGGAAUCUUGACAAUGUUUGCAUCGAAUGAGGUUGAAGAGAGGUACAGAGAGAUAGCGAUUAGACGGCUUAACCUCAUACUCUCUGAUCACACUUCAAGGAAAGAGGUGAUGAAGAUUUCAGAGAUGAGAAAGCUCCAGCCUUUGCUCGUUUCUUGCCUUUCGAAAGAAGGAAUCACUGAGAGCAUGUUUAAGGUUCUCGGUGAGGUGGUUUAUCACGUUGCGUAUGAGAUGAUGACUAUACGAGUUGAGGUAUGGUACGGUUUACGAGAGUACAUUGAAUCGAAGAGCGAAACAGAGUUUGAGAGAGCGGUUUAUAUCUUCCAGUGCUUGACAAUGUGGCUUGAGGAUGAUGAGUUUUUGAUUCCUGUGAUGAAGAGUCUUCUCCCUGAGAUAUUCAAGAGGCUAGAGCCGCCGAGAGAGUUGUUGGUGGAUAACAGUUGCUGGGUUUUGACGUUUGUGGGUGUGUUCUGUGCCAUUGUUCACUUGGUGGGGAUCACAAGUCACGGUGAAGACGUUAAAGUGAUUGAAGAUAAGAUGGUGGAUGCAGUGAGAGAGCUUGUGGAGAGAGGAAUGGAAGUAGGGCUUGUGAGGAGAGCGUUUAGAGAUGUGGAGAGCAUUGUGAAGAAACAAAAGGAAUGGUUUGGUAUGAGUGAAUUGAAACUCCUCAAGGGUCUUGUUCGGAGACUGUAUGAGAUCAAAGGGAUGAAAAUGGAAAGUAAAGUUGUGUUGUGGAGAAUCAACGUGUUUGUGGGGAGAGAUGUGACCGAGCUGGCUAAAACGGUCCCUGAUAGUGAGGUUGGUUCGAUGAACGAGCCUGAGCUUGAAGAGGAUUAG